AAGGUUUACUUUUUUUUUUUUUUUUUUUUUUUGAGACGGAGUGUCGCUCUGUCGCCCAGGCUGGAGUGCAGUGGCACGAUCUCGACUCACUGCAACCUCUGCCUCCUGGGUUCAAGCGAUUCUCCUGCCUCAGCCUCCCGAGUAGCUGGGACUACAGGCGCCCACCACCACGCCUGGGUAAUUUUUUGUAUUAAGAGACGGGGUUUCACCGUGUUAGCUAGGAUGGUCUCGAUCUCCUGACCUCGUGAUCCGCCCGCCUCGGCCUCCCAUAGUGCUGGGAUUACCGGCGUGAGCCACCGCGCCCUGCCGGAAGGUUUGCUUUUCAAUGGAUCUUUGGGAAGUUUUAAAACAUACAUGCUCAACCUUUAGAAAUUACUCUAGGGGAAAUUCCUUCUCCACAUCCUCUAGGUGUGCUUCCUUCCUCCUCUGAACACACUUCACUAUCAAAACCUACAUUACUUCCAACAGUCGACCCUCGAGGGAAUAAGUCCCUGGUCCCCACGAUCGUGACCAGCCAGUCCACACUGCCGACCCCAGAAAUGCAGUCUCAAGUGCUCGGUCAGCGAGAAGAAAAGCGGGCGAGGUCCUUGUUCUGCAGGCCACAGCGAAGACAAAAACCUCCAGUUACUGGCCUCAGGUGUAAGGCUGCUCCGCAUUGGCAGUGCGGGACCAUUCCUAUCAUUAUUACGUAGUCUUGUUUCCUUCUGGGAGAAAGCACCUGGGGAGAGUUGGGCUGGCCCCUCCGGGCUCUCCGGGACACGCGCCCUCUGUAACGCCGCAGCCUGCGCCAGCGUCGGACAGGGACGUCUCAUCGAGGCCCGACUCGCAUUUUUAGUUGUCAGAUUCGCCACUUUUUGGUGUCAGAAUUUAAAAGAAAAAUUCCAGUUUCUCUAUUUCAGAAGCUCUUUCUGUACAGAAAAACAGAAGCAGGAGAUACUUCAGGCUUUUGAAUUAUUUUUCUCUUCUGGCGUCCACAGUAUCUACAUCCAGUGAGCGGGGACCGUGAGUCGAAAACGACGACGUGGAUGCUCAGGCCACAGUUCCCGGCGCGCAGUCGCAGCUGCCCCUCGCUCCCGCCCCCGCCUGGAGUCCGACGUGGAAGUUGCUGGCUGAGUGGGCUUGCGAGGAAACCGCCUCGGAGCUGCAGCCGAAGGCCAAGGAAUCACUGAAGAUCGGCGAGGGAGGACAGGCGGUUCAUCAUGGGUGGCUUUUUCUCAAGUAUAUUUUCCAGUCUGUUUGGAACUCGGGAAAUGAGGAUUUUAAUUUUGGGAUUAGAUGGAGCAGGAAAAACCACAAUUUUGUACAGAUUACAAGUUGGAGAAGUUGUUACUACUAUACCUACCAUUGGAUUUAAUGUAGAGACGGUGACAUACAAAAACCUUAAAUUCCAAGUCUGGGAUUUAGGAGGACAGACAAGUAUCAGGCCAUACUGGAGAUGUUACUAUUCAAACACAGAUGCAGUCAUUUAUGUAGUAGACAGUUGUGACCGAGACCGAAUUGGCAUUUCCAAAUCGGAGUUAGUUGCCAUGCUGGAGGAAGAAGAGCUGAGAAAAGCCAUUUUAGUGGUGUUUGCAAAUAAACAGGACAUGGAACAGGCCAUGACUUCCUCAGAGAUGGCAAAUUCACUUGGGUUACCUGCCUUGAAGGACCGAAAAUGGCAAAUAUUCAAAACAUCAGCAACCAAAGGCACUGGCCUUGAUGAGGCAAUGGAAUGGUUAGUUGAAACAUUAAAAAGCAGACAGUAAUUCAGUCCAUUCUUCUCCCCUGAAACGAAGACUACAUCACCCUUUGGAAACAGACAAGUGUACUUCACACUACUAGAUGUUAAAACUAUAUGAUUGUUUGGCAUAUACUGACUGACUGCAAUGUUUGUGGUAAAUAGGGAAAAGAAAUAUUUGGUUGGAGGGAUAAUUCGAUCGAAUCACCUGAAUGUUCUAUGUAAUGUAAAAUAUUCUUUUCUUGCUUUCUUGUGUUAAGGUAUAUAUUCUAUUUGUAUGGAAUUCUUAUUCAAAUACAGUUCUAUUAAAGAAUGUACUCCUAUUGGAUGAAAAAACCUAUUUUUGAAUAGUAGUUGCAGCUUGUUUGUAUAAAUACUAAAAAAUAUCUUAACAGAUUUUUUCCCCCUUAAAAUGAAUUAUCUUUCCAAAGAUUAGACUCAGUAGAGUAGGUGAGGAACAUAGUUUGUAUAAUAUAAUCUUUAUUUGCUUAUCUGACCACUUUUUAUUAAGCUGUUUUGUUUAAAAGCUUUUGGUUUUAGGCAUGAAUAUUAUUUUGAUGGUUAACUUCAUUGACUUAUCUGCAGUUGUCAUUUUAUAGUACUUUACAGUUGUCAAAAAAAAAUCUCAUGUUGACCUAGCUGAUCUGUACAGGAAGCUUGUGAAGUAGGUAGGACAGGUUAUGAUUCUUCACUGUAUGGACAUGGACCCAGGUUGGCUUGCCCAAGGUCACCUGCUAGCUAGUAAGGUGGGGAUAAGGCUCAAAGUAAAACUUUUGGUUCAGAAGCCUGACUUAUAAACUAUACUAUAUAUUCCCAAAAAUGUCAGUAUUGACAACACAGUCUAACUCUUUAAUAAAAUUACGCUAAUUAAAGCAGUUACAUUCAAAAUAAUGUCUAUAAACUUACUUGUCUAUACUAGUAGAAGUGAUCAGUGACAUACUAUAAAUAAUCCUAAAUGGUUAUAUUUGAUGGAAUUCAUAACACACAAGAGAAAAUUUCACAUUAAAGGAAAGGAAGGUUUAAAAAUCUAUUUCCAGGUUAUAAAAGGUGUCUUUACUGGUUUUCAUUCCUUUUAUCUACCAUGUCCAAUAUUUGGUCUUUUUUGAAUGUAAACUUGUUACACUCAAACAUGUAAACUUGUUAAAAAUCAAAAUCUUACUGAUUAUACAGGGGGAAAUGAAGCAUUCUGGUUUAAAAAUUAGGCUUAUUGCUAGAUUGUAAGUUUAAAAACAAUUCAUGUUCAAAGGAGCUUUUCAAAUUACCCAGUCCACCUCAGAAUUAACUAAUGUGACAGAAGUAAAUAUAGUGCUUCAUAAUUGCUAAAAACGGGUGAAUUUCUUUCACUUAAGUUGGAAAACCAGCGUUUAAGAAAUUAGGUGCUGGUAUUGAGAGCUUAAUACCAUGGAUCCCCGCAGGUCUCGGAAACAUUAGUUCCUUUCUUGGCCUUCACUGUGCUUCCAGUGUUGGCCUCUGACCUCUUCCCCUCACAUUUAUGUUCGUUCUCCAGGCUUAUAUUCGUUCUCUGCAGCUUUCUCCCUUCACCUGCGGGACUCUCACCCUUCUUGCUCAUUCUCCAGCACCCAUUCCUACUUUAGUCUCUGAAAUCUUUUUUGGAGAUUUUCUUUCAGCUACAAGUGUUCCAGUACAACCAGUAUUACUCCUGAGGGGCAGAGACUUUUUCAUAUUUAUGUCCCUAGUAUCUGGUGUGGUGCCUGGCAUAUGGCAUUUCAGAAGUAUGUUCAUAGUUGAAAUAGUACGAUAGAUAUUUGUCAUCUUGACAAGUAGCCCCUUUGCAAUUUAUAGUUGAGUUCAUUUCUGGUCAGUGGCACAUGGCUGGAAAAUGCAGAAAACAAGUUCACUUACAGCCUGAGGCUUGUAAAGCUUGUACAGCUGCCUCCUGGCAGUUCAGGAAAACUGCAGAAAAUGGGAAGUAAGGUCCGGUAGGCAGACCUGGCAUGUAGCCAUCUUGAAUCCCAGGGCAUGAACUUGCCCCAAAGGUCAGCACUUGAUUAAGCCUCAUCCCUCUGGUUUAUCACAAAGAAUAGGGUGGGAUAAAGAGAGUGGACACUUAAACAAGCCAUAAAUUAUAUGGUCCUUGUCUAGCAGGAGACAACUGCACAGGUAUGCUACCAGUGUUUGGAUAUUGAUACUUACAUGGCAAAUCUGAAUAUUGUUUUAUGAGAGGCCUGGCAAUGGGAAAAGCACCAAACUUGAAAUUAGAACAUAGGUGCAAAUGGCCACUCCUGCAGUUUCUUUUCUGUAAAAUGGGACCUGGAAAAAUGAUACCAAAUGUUUCUUUCUGACAUGCUAUUUUAUAACUCUGGCCUAUGGUUGUGUUGUAUCUUGCUACAAAAAAAAAAAAAAAAAAAUUGAGAGUGGUAGAAUUACUUCUGUUAUCUGAAAUACCUGAGAUGCAUUUUAAACUGUUGAAAUGUAAGCUCUGAGGGCUGGGACCGUAUCUUAUUUACUGUUAGUAUCCCUUGCAUCUAGUGUGGUGCAGGUGCACCUGGCACACAGUAGGCACUCAAUAAAUAUUUAUUGAUUAAAAACAAAGA